AUGUUUCAUGUUAUCCAGAAACGGAGAUCAGCGCUCCUCAGUUCACGGCGGGCCCUUUGCCUUCCUUGUGUUCCAGCUCAUGCGAGUGUCCCGAACGGAACGUGCAGCGAAGAGCACGUCAAUAACGUACGGAAACUGCUCCUGGCGGGCUUUGCCGCCCUCGAUGUCCAAGAACAACUGCCCCUGCUUGAAGUCAAGGAUCCCGCCUUCAGCCUGUCCUCCGGAAACCUCUUCGGCCUGAGGUCCCUCAACAUCAGUGGAGACGUCAAGUUCGUGUGUGGCGCCAACACCAGCAUCGCCGAUUUUGUUGCUGUUGUCCCACGGGUCAAGGGCUACUACAACUGGCGUUCCCACGGCAAGAUCCCGCUCUCCGGAGACCUGGUCGUCGAAGGACGGAACGGCACCUUCACCGGGCGGCUCCGCCACGUCAGGGGCGACUUGCGCAGCGUGUCUCUAGCCUUCAGCCACUUCAGCAGUGUCUCGGUCGAGCUGCACGGCGUGUCCAGCUUCUCGGUGCCGGGCUACAAGAUCAUGACGCUGGGCAACAGGGCCUUUAACAAGGCAGUCAGGAAGACCACCAGAGACAUCGUGUCCAAAGCUUUUAAGCAGGCAUUGCAGGCCAGCCAAUAAAUUGUGUAGACAAUGCG